AUGGCGGCAUGGAGCGAUGACGGCUCUCCUGCUGCCCUGUCUGGCAACUUUUGCACCGAGCCGCCUUUACCAAGCGACAACUGCCCGGAGGCGUUCGAUUUCAUCAGAUCUUGGAUGCAGACAUGUUCUCAACAACAUGGUGAUUGUGAAGGCACUCUCUCCAAGUCCUCUCCAAACGAAGCUGCGGGCCCACAACUACCUACCCGAAUAUUGGACAUUGGACCCCUAAAUCAGGAGUCUGUUUCUCUCUUGGAAACCAACGGCCAGCGAGGGAAAUUCUGCGCCCUCAGCUAUUGUUGGGGUCCAGAAGGUACGCAAACUCUGGUCACAACAAGGGAUAACAUCAACGAUCAUCUGAAUGGCAUUCCAUUCAACAGUCUGCCAAAGACUUUUCAGGAUGCCAUCAUUAUGACACGUCAGCUUGGUAUUCGCUAUCUCUGGAUUGACAGCCUUUGCAUCAUACAAGGAGACAAGGAUGAUUGGACGGAAGAGUCUGCCAAAAUGGCAGGAAUUUAUCACAACGCAUAUCUGGUGAUAGCUGCUUCUGGAGCCGCGAAUCCAAAAGAAGGCUGCUUUUCGACCAAACGCAGAUGCCCAACUACUGUAGAAGUUCCGUAUUAUUUAGCAGAAGGGCAGACGGCUGGCUCUUUGAAGCUCUCGAUGCGUAUUCAUGGGGAUGAAUCACCAGAGUUCGGGCCACUGUGUCAAAGAGGAUGGGUGCUCCAGGAGUGGUAUCUUGCACGGAGGGUUCUGCACUACAUGCCAGAUGGCAUAUCAUGGAAAUGCAAGAUGUUAGAGUCUAGUGAAAGAUAUCCAUAUGAUAUGGGGCAGUACAGUCAUUCGUGGGAGACUAUACUGGAGCAAUACUCCCGCCGUAAGCUCACCUACAAGAAAGACCGCCUAGAGGCCUUGAAAGGACUAGCUCAGGCGCAUCUUGAGAAGACCAACGACAAGUACAGCCUCGGUGUCUUCGAAUCAAGAAUUUUAGAACAGCUUGUCUGGACAAUGGAGAAUAGGGCAAAGGCUUCGGAAGACUUGACGGAUGUGCCUCAUUGGUCCUGGGCAUCCAAAGGGGGGGCAAAAUCUUUUUGGGUAGUUCACGACAACGAUUGGCAGCCAAUAUGCCGCACGCGAGCGAUUAUCGAAUCUUUCGGCGUCUUGAGGGUCGAUGGCUAUGUGGCACAGGUUAGAACUUCCGUGGCCAAGCCUAGGAAACCAACCCGGACCAGCGAGCAGAUGUUUCAUGAUCUACUAUCUUCGAUGUGGUCAUAUAGGAAAGGUUCAGGUUCGCUGCACUGGAUCCAAAUCACAUUCAGACAGACUCGAACUAUCGGCGUAGCUGUCUUUGAUAGAGAGCAUUAUGCAAAAGUGCAUAUUCUUUUUCUCAAAGGGUGGAGAGACUAUACACUGUAA